UGCCCAGGGUUGAACCGAAUCCCAGAUCUGAGUCCUCACGUGUUGUGCAGCUAUACCAAAGAGAUUCAAUUACAUCGUCCUGUCUUGGAUAUGCACAUGUCUUGGGUGGGUAGCUGUCGGCAGCUUUGCAGAUGGCCUGCUCUUCACCUGCACAGCAGACUCAUCCUGGCUGAAAAUAAAGUCAACGGGCUUGAAAGUUGUUGUUUGCUGCCGGCCAGAACACUACUGUCAUCGGCAGCGAGGCUGGAAGAAUCGGCUACAGCUGAGAAUGUGGUCUCCGGUGGAAGCAGGGAGCUGCACACACCAGUGAUGCUGAAGGAGGUCAUUAAGUGUUUGGCCCCGCAGCAAGGACAAACUUUCUUAGAUAUGACAUUUGGGGCAGGAGGACACAGCAAGGCCAUUCUACAACAGGCAUCUGACAUCACUGUGUAUGCAUUGGACAGAGACCCAGUGGCACACCAGAUGGCUCAUCAGCUGGCCAAAGAACACCCCAAACACGUCCACCCUCUCUUGGGUCGGUUUAGCGAUCUGCAGGCCCUGCUGCCCUCCGCGGGAGUGGAGCCUGGAAGUCUGGACGGGGUCCUGCUGGAUGCAGGAUGCUCCUCCAUGCAGUUUGACAGUCCCGAGAGGGGCUUCUCCCUCAGCAAGGACGGCCCUCUGGACAUGAGAAUGGACAGCGACAGGUACCUUGCCAUGCCCAGCGCGGCUGACGUGGUGAAUGCCUUAGAUCAACAGGCACUUGCGUCCAUCCUGAGAACAUACGGGGAGGAGAGACACGCCAGGAAAAUAGCUUCAGCAAUUGUUCAGGCACGCAGCAUCUACCCCAUCACCAGAACACAACAGCUCGCCAGCAUAGUCGCAGGAGCUUUCCCUGCUGUUGCCCUCUACGCCCGCAGAGAUCUGCUGCUCCGCCCAGCCCACGUGGCCACCAAGACCUUCCAGGCGCUGCGGAUCUUUGUGAACGACGAGCUGAACGAGCUGUAUGCCGGGCUGCGGGCCGUUGAGGGCUUCCUGAAGCCUGGGGGCUGCCUGGUGGCAGUCAGCUUCCAUUCGCUGGAGGACCGCAUCGUGAAGCGCUUCCUCCACGGGAUCGACGUGGCCGCGCCGCAUAAUCUCAACGUCCGCCAGAAGAUCCGACAUAGCCGAAGGGGCUGGGCGGAGCAGCAUGGGGGUGAAGCGGAGGAGGAGGAGGAGGAGGAUGAUGAUGAGGAGCAGUCUCAUGGUCCCUGCUCUUCAAACUGGCACCACGUGCAGAAGAAAGUUCUGACUCCAGACCCACAGGAGGUGCUGGAAAAUCCACGUGGGAGAUCUGCGAAACUCAGAGCAGCUCGGAAACGGUGAAACAGUUCACAAUAGUAGUCAGUCCCUUCGGUUAUCAGAGGACAGGGUUCACUGAGCACACUGCGCGGUGGUAACUCAGCGUGGUUUAGUGGUUGGGAGAUUGUGCUACAAGCUGACUUUUUUAAGCCUUGUCAAAUGUGAUCUAUUGCAACUGGGUUGUCAUGAGAGGAAAAUAAAAUAAAGGACCAGAUGUUCUAGGUUUUCUAUGCAAGUGCAUAGGUUAAAGUAUUUUGGUAUUGCAGUAUCGAUUGUCUCUCUCCCUUUAACCCUUAUGCUCCGGUGAACAUUCCACCUGUUUGCGAUCUGACUGCCAUAAUGUGACUUUCAGCUUGUGUAUCAGGACAAAUAUCCACCGAAAGUAUACAGUAUUAUACCUAGUUUAGCCAUCAGAUAGAUCUGUCAACUCAUCAACAUUUUUAAAAGGUUGGUAAGCAUUCUUGGUUAUUUAAAGCAAUUGAUUAUGCUCUCUGGUAAUGCUGCGUUUUAAAAUCAUGGUAUAUACAAUAAUCGAAACUGAAACCUAAGGUACUGAAAUGCUGCACCUCAUAAUAAAAGCUAUCUCUAUUGGCCUGGGGCUUUAGUGGAAUCCAUUUUGAUUGGAGUGUCACCCCUGAAGUUUAUCCUGUGAAUAUUUCACUACAGUUAAUAUUUUGUUAAUUUAGUUUUGGGUUUAUAAACAUUUUGGACAAUUUAGUAUGAUUUCUGGUAAGCUUGUACUUGUGAUCAAAUCUCCCGAUAGAAAAAAUAAAUAAAUAAAUAAAACUCACUCGUCCAUCUAACUUUACUUUUGUUUUGAAAGUAUAUAAAACCGUCCCUGAUUGGAGCCUUUGGAGAUGUCCGUCAUUUCGUAAGCAACCAAUGGUUGUUUAAAAAGGCUUAAAAAGGACAGAUUUUAUGAUUCUGUUGGCUGCAACAGAUGCUUGAACUGUAAUUGGUUAUGGUAAAUUUUAAAGUUUACACCACUCUUAUUUAAAUUGCAUAUUUUUUAUAACAAAUGUUGUAACCUUUAAAUAAAUAACACAGAAUCCAAGGACGUUUAUACACACUUGUACUGUUUCCUACUUGUUUUGUAACAUUAACGGACAAAAAAAAAAAAAAAAAAAAAUACAGUGCAAGCACAGGAGUUUACAAAUGCAAAAUAUGGUAAGGUAAAAACAACAAUAUAACAAAAUCACAAUUUAUCCUAACAUAAUUCACGAUAACAUCACCAGGGAAAUGGGAGCCACGACCUUACCAUGUUAUAACCGAUUCUGCACUUUUAUAGGUCAUGUUAUAACAGGGUAACACUGUAUAUAAUUUGAUGAAGUCGUGUGGGAAACAGACUCCAUUGAAACACCUACAUUGACAGUUAGGAUUAUUAGGAUAGCCACUUCCUUCAGAGUCAGGGUGCACACAGACAGAAAGUAAGCAGUAGAGUUAUUGUUAUGAACAAUAAUAUAUAUAUAUAUUAUUCCUUCAGGGAAAAUUCAAGCAAUGAAGACUGAAACCAACAAGUUCUUCAGCUAAAAAAGUUUAUGUUCUGUCUGUGAUCUGUGUCCAUGGUUGGUCCAUUGGCUGGCAUUAGCACAUUCAUGUUGAAAGCAUGGGCACUUCAGGGUGAGAUGAGGAGAUGGAUAGAAGACUAUGGGGAGAAAGCAAGGAGGUGGAUAUCAGAUGAACCAGGUUUAUGGGAUCUCAUGGGCUUCUCCCGCUCCAAUGAUCAUUGGAAACAAUGUAAUGGAUAUUAGGUGUGCGGAGUCACUGUUGAAUGCCAGAACACACAUCAUUCAGAGGUGUAACAGUGUGCAUUUUCUUUCCAAGUCUUGCUUAAACGUACUCCCAACUGUGCAAAUAUUUUGCCACUACUUUCCCAUCCGUGUAUCUAAACGGAUUUACGUGAACAAACAGAUGAGGAAGAGACUUGAUUCCCUCCCCUCCCAGUUUUUUUCCCCCCACAAGAGAUUUAUUGAAAUGUAUUUCAUGUUUCUCUUAUGUGAAAAUAAAUACACACAUGCAUGAAGCAUGCCUGCU